ACGUAUGCCACAUCACCCCCGACAAUAAUAACUACAGAAUGCCGGCGGCAAUUCAUUUCCAUUCCACAAUAUCGCCACGUGUUCUUUCCCAUUUGCCGCACUACGCGGCGUAACUUGAGAAAAAUUAAAACCCUCCCUGGAAGACGAAGAGUUCCUCCGCCUCCGCGCUCAAAAACAAAAAUAAAGUUCCAGUUCUGCCCUUUACUUCACUAGAUCUCGGCCCUUCCUCUUUCUUAAAGAUCCGAUUAUGUAUUUUUAUUAUUAUUUUUUUAAUUUUUGUCAACUAAUCUAAUGGCUUCGAUCCGUCGAACUCUCUCACCCGCGUAUCACGACCGUUCUUACCAGAACGGCGCUGGUUUCUCCUCUCCGUCCAACAAGCUUUUACCCAAUGGAAACAGUAAACAUUUCUCCUCCUCUUCCUCGUCAACGCAUUUACCGUUGUUAUUCACCGCCGUGAAUUUAGUUUACUGUAGAGGAUGGAGGCGAUCUUUUUGCAGGUGUCUCUUCUUUUUCCUGAUAGGAUUUGUUUGCGGAAUUUCUCUGUUUGGACACGUUGAUUCUGAUAUCCAAGCCAAGAAUUUCGCUUUUCCCGAACUGAAACCGCCACAUGUCAACCUCCAAUUGAACGACCAGAUUGUUGCUUCUGUUUCAUUGGGCGUUAAUACGAGAUUGGAAGAACAAAAGGAAGUUACUGAUUUAAUUGAGCCGUUAAAGCAGUUAAUCGUCGUUACGCCGACUUACAAUCGGGGAUUCCAAGCCUAUUUCUUGAACAGGUUAGGUCAAGUUUUGAGGUUAGUGAAGCCGCCGUUGGUUUGGAUAGUGGUGGAGGAAAAAGUGGCGUCGUUUGAGACUGCGGAGAUUUUGAGAAAAACCGGGGUUAUGUAUCGGCACGUGGUGUCCACCCGCAAUUCUAGUAACGUGAAGGACCGAGGGGUUCAUCAAAGAAACGCCGCUUUGGAACAUAUUGAACGGCAUAAGCUUGAUGGGAUCGUGUUUUUCGCCGACGACGACAAUGUCUACACGCUGGAGUUGUUUGAAAGCUUGAGAACUAUUAGCCGUUUUGGAACUUGGCCUGUUGCCAUGCUUGCACAAAGCAAAAACAAGGCAAUUCUGGAAGGUCCAGUAUGCAAUGCAAGUCAAGUAAUUGGAUGGCACACAAAUGAGAAAAGUAAAAUACUUCGUAGGUUUCAUGUUGAUAUGUCCGGAUUUGCUUUCAACAGCACCAUCUUGUGGGAUCCAAAGAGAUGGGGACGCCCCUUCUCAAACCCAAUUCGACAGUUGGACACAGUGAAGGAGGGUUUCCAAGAAACUACAUUUAUAAAGCAAGUGGUGGAAGAUGAAGGUCAAAUGGAAGGUAUACCACCUGGUUGUUCGAGGAUUAUGAACUGGCAUCUCCAUUUAGAUACUGUUAAUCUUGUUUAUCCCAAAGGCUGGCUACUUGAGAAGAAUCUAGAGGUUACUCUGCCUAUUAAGUGACGGAAGCUCAUCUCUACAAUUUUUUUGAUGCUGAGGGCAUAAACGGUUCUGCCCAUAUUUUUGUGCUGGUGGCACAUUCGUUCAACUUUUCUGAGCAGAUUUGUUGCAAUCGUCAUCAUAUAGCAGGGCCUGCAGAUAUCCAUCAAGCAGUGACAAAGAAACAGAA